UGGAAUGGAAGGCCAGCAGCAUUCCUGUACAGAUAGAUAUUAUUUUUGUUUUCAUCAGUCUGAGCCUGGUUAGUAGGUUAACACAGAUCUUGCUCUUCUCUGCAUUGAAAGCCUUACUUCUACUUCCACAGAGGCCGGCACAAUGUCGUCCAAAGUGGUUCCUUUCUACCAAAAGAGACAGAAGCAUUAUGACCAAUCGUAUCGCAACCUCCAGACCAGAUAUGUAGUACAGGAAUAUUCUGCACAAAAAAGAAGCUCCUCGGCUUCUGUUGAAAGAAGUGCAGCAAGUUCAACAAGCUCAUCACUGUCAAGGAGCAGAUGCAUUUGUGGGGCUGAUAGAGAUGUCCAACAAUACUAUGUCCCUGAGUUUAGAGCAAGAACCCAUGAAGAACAUACAAAGCAACAGUCUCAGCGGACUCAGCAGAUGCAGCAGAUGCAGCAGACUCAGCAGACUCAGCAACAUCGCAGUUAUGACAGAAGUUUACACUAUUCAACUGAACUGGCAUUUUUGCAAGAAGAUGUUCGUAUUGCAAGAGCCCUAGCAAGAGAACAGAUUGACAAAGCAUCCAUACAAAGAAUGGUAGAAGAAAAAUUGGCAUUGCAGAGAAGCAUCCACGAAGAAUGCAUAACUCGAGCUCCAGAUAUCUUGGUCCGGCUGAGAUCCCACACUGUUUGGGAAGGAAUGCCUGUGAAGCUUUUCUUUACUGUACAAGGAUACCCUACUCCUUUAGUACAAUGGUAUAAGAAUGAAUCUUUGAUUACCCAAGCAAGUGAACCAGGAAAAUACAGGAUUGAAAGCAAGUAUGGCGUGAAUAGUCUGGAAAUAUACAGAACCAAUUUUAACGACACUGCUACUUAUACAGCUGUAGCAACAAAUAUUCACGGACAGUCUUCCACCAAUGCAGCUGUUAUCGUAAAACGCUUUAGAGGUGAUGAAGAUCCACUACGCUCUGUUUCAAUACCAGUCAGUCUACCUUUGUCAGCUGCACUUUCUUUCGCCCAUAUUGACGUCCAGUUCUUGGAAAAGUUUGGUGUGACAUUUGGGGUUGAAGGUCAAACAAUCACCUUAUCUUGUUCUGUGCUUUUAACUCCUGAUAUCAGUAGACUACAGCCACGGCCAGAAUGGUAUAGAGAUGACGUAUUACUCAAAGAUUCCAAGUGGAACCAGUUGCAUUUUGGAGAGGGGCGCACCACCCUGACACUUAAACAUUUGAAUAAGGAUGAUGAAGGGCUGUACACUGUAAGAAUAAUCACAAGGGGUGGUGUCAAUCAGCACAGCGGAUUCCUCUUCGUGGCCGAUGCUGCAGCCUUGGUAGCUGGGGCCCCAGGUGCACCAAUGGAGGUUGAAUGCCAUGAUGCUAACAAAGAUUAUGUGAUAGUUACAUGGAAACCACCAAAUACAGCAAGCGAAGCUCCAGUUAUUGGCUACUUUGUGGAUAAGUGUGAGGUAGGCACUGAGAACUGGAUUCAAUGCAAUGACGCUCCUGUGAAGAUCUGCAAAUAUCCCGUGACUGGUCUCUUCGAAGGUCGAUCAUAUCUUUUCCGUGUUAGAGCGGUUAAUAAAGCCGGUGUAAGCAGACCAUCUAGAGAGUCCUUGGCAGUGGCUGCUCUGGAUCCAGCUGAUUUGACUCGCUUACAAACAAUCCAUCUGGAUGGAGGACGUGAAAUUGUUAUCUGUCAAGAUGACUUGGAAGGUGAUGUCAAAAUCCCUAGUCCUCCCACCAAUGUUCAAGCUUUAGAAACCAGCAAAACAUAUGUUGUGCUUAGCUGGGAUCCACCAGUUCCCCGUGGCAGAGAUCAACUAGUGUAUUACAUUGAGAAGACAAUGGUUGGCAGUGGAAGCUGGCAAAGAGUUAACUCACAUAUCGCAGUAAGAUCUCCUCGUUACGCUAUAUUUGACCUAGUUGAAGGAAAGUCAUAUAAUUUCAGAGUGAUUGCAGCAAAUAAGUAUGGUGUCAGUGAACCAUCAGAAAUAACCCCACCGAUACAAGCACAGGAACGUUUAGCGGUACCAUCUGCUCCUGGUCGUAUCUUGGCAUCUAGAAAUACCAGAACAUCGGUAGUCGUACAGUUCGAUAAGGCUAAAGUAGAGGAAGAAUUAAUUGGAUACUACAUUGAUUCAUCAGUGGUUGGAUCUAAUCAUUGGGAACAUUGCAAUCAUAAGCCUAUUAAGUAUAAUAGAUUUGUCGUACAUGGUCUAACAACUGGAGAAAGUUACAUUUUCCGUGUAAAGGCUGUUAAUGCGGUUGGAGUCAGUGAAAAUUCGCAGGAGUCAGAGUCAAUAACGGUUAAGGCUGCUUUGACUAGCCCAUCUCACCCCUAUGGGAUUACCCUUCUAAAUUGCGAUGGUCACUCAAUGACUUUGGGUUGGAAGUUGCCUAAAUUUACUGGUGGAUCUCCUAUCUCUGGAUACUUCAUUGAUAAGCGUGAGGCUAAUCACCUUAACUGGCAUGAAGUGAAUUCCAGGCAAAUCCAAGAAAGAAUUUACACAGUUGAGAAUCUGAACGAAGGUGCUUUUUAUGAAUUUAAAAUAGCAGCAUCCAAUAUUGCUGGCCUUGGUCUUCCUUCUGAUCCUAGUGAGCACUUCAAAUGUGAAGCAUGGACAAUGCCUGAGCCAGGACCUGCCUUCGAUCUGACAUUCUGUGAAGUCAGAGAUUCUUCCCUGGUGAUUCUCUGGAAAGCACCAGUUUACUCUGGAAACAGCCCUAUCGCUGGGUAUUUUGUGGAAUACAAAGAAGUGGAUUCAGAACAGUGGACAAGAGUUAAUGAGACGGCCACAGCAAAUCGCUACCUAAAGGUCAAGGAUUUAGAAGAAGGUAAAACCUAUGUUUUCCAAAUCCGUGCCGUGAAUGCUUCAGGAGUUGGCAAACCCUCUGAUGUUUCUGAACCAGUUUUGGUACAGUCCAGGCCAGGCACUCAAGAGAUAACUUCAGGUGUAGAUGAAGAAGGAAACAUUUACCUUGCCUUUAACUGCUCUGAAAUUUCUGAAGCAUCUGAGUUUUCAUGGUGCAAAUCUUAUGAGGAAAUUGAUGAUGAGCUCAAAUUCAAAAUGGAAUCCGCUGGAGAGAAAUCAAAACUAUAUUUUAAAAACCCAGACAAAGAUGAUUUGGGAACCUAUUCAGUUGCUGUUAGUGAUACAGAUGGAAUUUCAUCUAGCUUUGUAAUGGACUCAGAAGAACUUGAACGUCUAAUGGCUCUAAGUCAUGAAAUCAAGAAUCCAACUAUUCCUCUGAAGACUGAACUAGCAUAUGAAAUAUUAGAAAGAGGUAAAGUUCGCUUCUGGAUUGAAGCUGUGAACUUGUCUGCUGAUACAAACUACAGGUUUGUCGUGAAUGACAUGGAAGUUAAAGACAGUGAGAGUCACAGGAUCAAAUUUGACAGAUCCACUGGCAUCAUUGAGAUGGUAAUGGAAAGAUUUACAAUUGAAAAUGAAGGAACCUAUACUGUACAAAUUCAAGAUGGAAAAGCCAAGAACCAGUCUUCAUUAGUCCUCAUUGGUGAUGCAUUCAAGGCAUUGUUGGCGGAAGCUGAAUUUCAGAGAAAGGAGUACAUUAGAAAACAAGGUCCUCAUUUUCUUGAAUAUUUGUAUUGGGAUGUUUCAGAAGAAUGUGAAGUUUUGUUGGUGUGCAAGGUAGCAAACACAAAGAAGGAGACAAUAUUUAAGUGGUAUAAAGAUGAGAUUCCAACCGAGGCUGAGGAUGUUCCUGAUCUGCAGAAAGGAGUUUGCAUUUUUCGCAUUCCGAAGCUGUCUAAAAAGGAUCAAGGAGAAUACAAGGCAACAUUAAAAGAUGACAGAGGUCAAGAUAUAUCUAUCCUUGAACUUUCAGGAAAAGUGUAUGAAGACAUAAUCCUAGGAAUGAGUAAAGUCAGUGGAUCUUCUGCUUCUGAGCUUAAUAUCCAUUGCACCCCAGAAGGAAUCAGAUUACACUGUUUCAUGAAAUACUAUACAGAAGAAAUGAAAGUUUCCUGGUACCAGAGGGAAUCAAAGAUCUCGUCAAGUGAAAAGAUGAGGAUUGGAGGCACAGAUGAAUAUGCCUGGUUACAGAUUUGUGAACCCACAGAGAAAGAUAAAGGAAAAUAUACAUUUGAGAUAUUUGAUGGCAAAACUUCCCAUAAGCGCACCAUAGAUUUAUCAGGACAAGCUUUUGAUGAAGCUUUCGCUGAAUUCCAGAGGCUGAAGGCUGCUGCCUUUGCUGAGAAGAAUCGUGGUAAAGUCAUAGGUGGUUUGCCUGAUGUAGUAACUAUAAUGGAAGGCAAGACUUUGAACCUUACAUGCACAGUGUUUGGUAACCCUGAUCCAGAAGUGUCCUGGCUGAAGAAUGACAGGGAUCUCGAAAUAAAUGAGCAUUACUUGUCCACACUUGAACAAGGGAAGUAUUCCAGCCUAACCAUCAAAAAUGUGACUUCCGAAGACUCUGGGAAGUACAGCAUCAAUGUUAGAAACAAGUAUGGUGGUGAAACAGUAGACAUCACUGUAAGUGUAUAUAAAUAUGGUGAGGAGGUACCUGAAAUUAAGCCUACUCAGUUUUCUAAACCUUCACCUGCACCUGCAUCUGCUCCAGCACCUGCACCAGAAAAGGCUAAACCAGCUCAGAAAGCAGGAAAAACAACUAGAAAGUAAAGAUUGCAAUAACUAAACUAUAUAGAAAGUGCAUUUGUUUUAAUAGGUAUGCUGCAGUGUUGCUUUUUUAUUCCUUGCGAGUGGCAGCUUGUCUACCAAUACAAUGUUUACCCCUCAGGCACUCAAAGGGUUUACAAGGCUUAAUGCUGUACUUUUACGUGUACAUUUUAGUUAUUAUGGGAAAAUCAGCUAAAGACAUAUGAUUCAAAUAUUGGGAAACUAUGGAACCUAUAGUUAGUCGUGGCGGUUCUCUAAACUACUUAGUAGGACACAGAGUUUAACAAUUACUUUUCAAAUCCCUCAGAUUAAACCAUUGCUAGUACAUGGUAUAAAUCGAGUUAGAUUCAUGAAUAAAGCUAAUAUUCAAUCUAUUUAAUCGAGAAAUGUUUAAUUAUAAUCACACAUAACCCCUGUCCUAAUUUAUUUAGUUGAAUACACAGAAUGGGUUUCAUAUUUUAAUUAGAAUGCUUAUGAAUAGUAUUUUCAAUCAUGCUCAAACAGCACAGUUGUGUACUGUGCAUGCCUUUGGCUUUCAAACAGUUAAAUUGAAAAGUGUCUGCACAAUGUGUUGAAUUUCUUAACUUAAAAUGCCAAAACAUAUCCCACUGAUAUAGUCUAGCAAAUAUUGAAUUAUAUGACACUUGCUUCCACUAUGGGGAGCAAUGCUUUAAACUGUCAUCAUAGGACACAUCUUGGCCCUUGGAGAGCGUUCUUCAAAGAUUUUUCAGUUCACUAACGUCAACAAUAUAACAAAAAGGGAAGAAGCCUCAAGUUAAUUGCAAUUCUGCCUAAGCAAAACUUUGUAUUCUUUCUCAUAGUUUGUGUGUUUCUCAAAGUGGAUUUAAUUCAAAGGUUUAAAUUAUUUUAUCUGGUGCUGUUAUAAUAUAAAACAAUGAAUAGACAGCACACAGUUUACAGAAACAAGCAUAGCCCAUAGCUAAGAUUAAUAUAUGUGUUUAUUGCAAUCAGCUGGUACAAACAUUACAUUAUAUGUAUGUAUUCAUCAUAUGAAAUAUUUCCCUGUAAUGCUGGUAUUAUUGAAAACAGAAUUACUAAUGUUGUUUUCCUUGCUUUGUGCUAAUAAACUACAAACGUCA